GAAACGUAGCAGAGCUUCCGGUUGCGUAGUCAGCUUCCUCCUCUCGCGCAUGUAAGCGUGAUUGUAGGUCACUGUUGGUCCACCUGCGUUGAGUUAUUGCAUCACAGUGAGUUUAUAAAGAUGUUGCUUCUGUCAAACAGGAUAAAGUUUUGCUCUUUAGCGUUUACAGCCGCGCGUCUGUACAGCAGCGGCCCAGCGGCAGCGAACAAAAACCCGCUGGUGUACUUUGACAUUGCCGCUGACAAAGAGCCUCUUGGCAGAGUUACCUUCGAGCUCAACGCAGAAGUCGUGCCCAAAACUGCAGAAAACUUCCGAGCGCUGUGCACAGGAGAGCAUGGCUUUGGUUAUAAGGGUUCAAUUUUCCACAGAGUGAUCCCUCAGUUCAUGUGCCAGGGUGGAGACUUCACGAACCACAACGGAACUGGAGGAAAAUCGAUCUACGGAAGGACGUUUCCUGACGAGAACUUCCAACUGAAGCACACUGGGCCAGGUAUCUUGUCUAUGGCCAAUGCUGGACCAAACACCAAUGGAUCCCAGUUCUUCAUCUGCACAGCUAAAACACAAUGGCUGGAUGGCAAGCAUGUUGUCUUUGGCAGCGUGAAGGAGGGAAUGGAUGUAGUCGAGAGAGUGGAGUUUUACGGUUCACGGACUGGGCGAACCUCCAAGAAGAUCACUAUCACAGACUGUGGACAGCUCGACUAGACUCCGUGUGGACGUGUCCGUAGUCUCAUCUCCUGCUGUAAUUUCAAUAAAUGCAAGAGUGAAAGAGGGUCUUUCUUCAGUCAGCGAACAGGGUGCUAUCUCUGUUUGCUGACAGUAGAUCAUUUCAGAACAUUUUUUGUUUAGGUUUUUGUGUUUGUAUGCUGUAUUACCUCAAGUAAUGGCCAACACACGUGUUUGCUUUAAAUGUGAACUUGAUGGAUCAAAAAUAAUGAAUGAUCCUAAUAUGUGACAAAGCUUGUGAAUUUAGCAAUAUAAACUUGAACUAAUUUUGCAAAAAAGGGGCAUACAUUUGUAAAAACAAAACCCUUUUCUAAACAUGUGAUUUUUAACAAAGGUGUAAAAAUUUAAAAUUUCCUUAACAAUGAAAUUUUACACGUCAGCAAACUGGCUGAAAUAAAACUUAUUUCAGUAGUGCCUACAUUUUAUUGGAGAUGUUGGAAAAAUAUUCUUUCUGAACUUUCCUGAGGAGAAGUUCAGAA